GGAGGAGGAAGAAGAAAAAGAAGAAGAAGAAGCAGUAGCGGCGCUGCGAGGAAAAUUAAAAUGUCUGCUCCGAAAACGAUCCCGAAAGAUGCUCAGGUGAUGAUCCAGAUUCUGAAGGACAUGGGGAUCACAGAGUACGAGCCCCGAGUCAUCAACCAGAUGCUGGAGUUCACCUACAGGUAUGUGACAACCAUCCUUGAGGACGCCAAAAUUUACGCCACACACGCCAAGAAGUCCAAUGUUGAUGCUGAUGACAUCAAACUGGCGAUCCAGUGCCGCAUGGACCAGUCGUUCACCUCGCCGCCUCCUCGAGACUUCCUGUUGGAGGUUGCAAGACAGAAGAACCAGGCUCCUCUCCCGCUCAUCAAACCCUACACCGGCCCUCGACUUCCUCCAGACCGCUACUGUCUGACCGCGCCCAACUACAGACUCAAAUCCAUACAGAAGAAGGUGUCUACGUCUGCUGGCAGGAUAUCGGUGCCUCGCCUCAGCGUUGGCGCCGUCUCCAGCAGACCGACCACACCGGCUCUUGGAACGCCGUCUGUCCAGUCCGUUACCACUAAAGUUGGAGCUCCAGUGUCUCUGACUGGUCAGAGGUUCACUGUGCAGAUCCCACAGCCCCCUCAGACUGCCAUCACUAAAACCACAGCGGCGUCCACGCCGGCCGUCUCCAACGUCCUCAUCAACCCGUCGCUGAUCGGCUCCAAAAACAUCCUCAUCACCACCAACAUGGUGUCGCAGAACCCCGCCGGGGAGUCGCUGAAGAGGAAGCACGAAGACGACAACGACUAUGACGCUUUAUGACGACGAGGCUGAAGACAUUCAUGGCUUUCUUUUAAACAACCUUAAAAAAACUGACCCUGAUACUGUUCUGACCGGAAACUGGUCCAGUGACUGUGAUAGUUAGUCUGCGUUUCCUAGGACACCAGCUUAACCGGGGAAGACAACCACCUGUUCACACUGGGAGUUUACUGCUGGGAGGUCUGUCUCAGGUUUAACAGUUGAAGCUGGAAACAUGCUCCACUAUGAUUUACAAUAAACUGCAAUAAAGUGAAAA